GACCAAAAAAAAAUAAAAUUCUGGGUCCCUUCUCCUUUAUUGCAGCAUGGAGUGUCAACUGGUUCUCAUUUCCUUUUUCCCCUUAACUUGGUUGUGGCUACAAUGCUGCUGUACUGUACUUAAUUUCUGAAACUCUAAAGUUCUAAUCUUUGUGCUAACCUCUCCUGUCUGCUUCAAAAAAUUCAUACAUCAGAGGAGGGGUUUCUGCUACAGUCUACAUUGUGCUUUAGGAAGUGUUUUUUGUUAAGAAACAUUGUGUUUUAUGUGUCAGAUCUCUCGACAUUCACACAUUUUGUUUGGUUCAUUUCAGUGCAUUUUAUGUUUCUAGGUUACUCCAUGAAGCUAAUAGUUGUCUCUGCUGAAGAAGCUGCACUGCAUUUGUAAAGUUUUUCUAUUUUUUGUUGAAGGACAGUGAAUCACUUGGUGGUUGUUUAGUAAGUUAGGACACUUGUGGUUUUGAAGAACCCCUCUUUGGGAUUUUGCUGUAAGUAAGUCCUUCACUAAGUGUGGACUGAGAAGCUUGAAGACCCAACUCUCUCUUUUGGAGACUGUGCUUGCUUCUUUUCUAAAUUGGUGCUUGCUUUUAGAAGAACCAAAGAAGGGUAUCUUGGAAUUUUAUCUGUACCUUUUUUGGUGGGUUGAAGAUAAUUGCUUAUCCUUUUGAACUAAAAGGGUGAAAGCUCCCUUUCUGUCUUCACUUACUGUGAACUACACAGAAGUAAACAUUCUAGUGUCUAUAGAAGACUAUGAAGCCUUUUAGCCUUUUAGUGUUAUCUUUAUAUUUCUUCUCUGUGGUAGGGCAGCUUCCCUCUCAGGACAUUUUAACAUUGCUGGAGUUUAAGAAAGGCAUCAAGCAUGACCCUACUGGUUAUGUUCUCAAUUCCUGGAAUGAGGAAUCCAUUGACUUUGAUGGAUGCCCAUCUUCAUGGAAUGGAGUUCUGUGCAAUGGUGGUAAUGUUGCUGGGGUUGUUCUUGACAACUUGGGUCUCUCUGCUGACACUGACUUGAGUGUGUUUACUAAUCUCACAAAGCUUGUGAAACUCUCCUUGUCCAACAAUUCCAUAUCAGGAACACUACUUGACAGCAUUGCUGAUUUCAAAAGCCUUGAAUUCUUGGAUAUCUCUUAUAACCUCUUUUCCUCAUCCUUGCCAUUGGGGAUUGGUAAAUUAGGGAGCUUGCAGAAUCUGUCGUUGGCUGGAAAUAACUUCUCUGGCCCAAUUCCUGACUCUAUUUCAGAAAUGGCCUCCAUCAAGUCCCUUGACUUGAGCUGCAAUGCCUUCUCUGGAAUGCUGCCAGCAUCGUUGACUAAGACUAUUAGUCUUGUAUCUCUUAACUUGUCUCAUAACGGCUUCAAUGGAAAAAUUCCCAAAGGUUUGGAGCUGAUCCCUGCUCUUGAAAAACUUGACUUGCAUGGGAAUAUGCUUGAAGGUAAUUUGGAUGUUGUAUUUAUGCUUUCAUCAAGUGCCAGCUAUGUUGAUUUAAGUGAGAAUAUGCUGUCAAGUUCUGAUUCCAAUCAGAAGUUUCUACCGCGAAUAUCUGAAAGUAUUAAGCAUCUGAAUCUAAGCCACAACAAGCUUACUGGGUCAUUGGCUAGUGGAGCCGCGGAACCUGUUUUUGAAAACUUGAAGGUGUUGGACCUCAGCUACAAUCAGUUGGACGGAGAAUUGCCCGGAUUUGAUUUUGUUUAUGAUCUUGAAGUUCUUAAACUCAGCAACAACAGAUUUUCAGGAUUUAUUCCUAAUGGCCUGCUGAAAGGAGACUCUUUGGUUUUAACUGAAUUGGAUUUGAGUGCCAACAAUCUCUCAGGGCCACUAAGUAUAAUUACAUCAACAACACUUCAUUCUCUUAAUCUCUCAUCAAAUGAGUUCACGGGUGAUAUGCCACUGUUGACUGGAAGCUGUGCUGUACUUGAUCUGUCAAAUAACAAAUUAGAAGGAAACUUGACCAGGAUGUUGAAAUGGGGGAAUAUAGAAUUUCUUGAUCUCAGUCGGAAUCAUUUGACGGGGGCCAUCCCUGAGGAAACUCCUCAAUUUCUGCGAUUGAAUUAUUUGAACCUAUCCCAUAAUUCUCUAAGCAGCUCCCUUCCAAAAGUCUUAACACAGUAUCCAAAGCUUAGAGUGCUCGACAUUAGUUUCAACCAAUUGGAUGGACUACUUCCAGCUAAUCUGCUCACACUGCCCACAUUGCAAGAGCUGCGUCUUGAAAAUAAUAUGAUCUCUGGUGGCAUCAAGUUUUCGUCUUCUCCUGACCAAUCCGAUCUUCAGAUUCUUGAUCUUUCUCACAACCAGCUUAAUGGCUAUUUUCCUGAUGAGUUUGGGUCAUUAACUGGCCUAAAAGUGCUAAAUAUUGCCGGAAAUAAUUUUUCUGGUUCUCUUCCAACUACCAUUGCAGACAUGAGUUCACUUGACUCCCUGGAUAUAUCAGAGAAUCAUUUUACUGGUCCUCUACCAAGUAACAUGCCAAAGGGGCUCCAAAACUUUAAUGCUUCACAAAAUGAUCUGUCUGGAGUUGUCCCAGAAGUUCUUAGAAAGUUUCCCAGUUCUUCUUUCUUUCCUGGGAAUACCAAGUUACAUUUUCCAAAUGGUCCUCCUGGAUCAAUCAGUUCACCUGCUGAAAGUUCCAAGAGGAAGCAUAUGAACACCAUAGUUAAAGUCAUAAUCAUAGUGUCAUGCGUGGUUGCGCUCUUCAUAUUAAUCUUGCUUGCUGUCUUCAUACACUACAUACGUAUAUCAAGAUCUCCACCAGAAUAUGAAACAAGUAAGGAUAUCCACAGGCAUCCUCAACCAAUUAUCUCGGCUCCUGUUCGUACGACAGAUGGGGGUGGCGCUUUGGUUGUUUCAGCUGAGGACCUCGUGACCUCACGCAAAGAGUCACCAUCGGAGAUAAUCAGCUCUGAUGAAAAAAUGGCAGCUGUAACAGGGUUCUCUCCAUCAAAACAAAGCCACUUUUCAUGGUCACCAGAAUCUGGUGAUUCACUUAGUGGUGAAAAUCUUGCAAGACUAGAUACGAGAUCGCCAGAUCGGUUGGUUGGCGAGCUACAUUUUCUUGAUGAUACGAUAACAUUGACGCCUGAGGAGCUCUCAAGGGCCCCUGCUGAAGUUUUAGGAAGAAGUAGUCACGGUACUUCUUACAAGGCAACUCUGGAGAAUGGUUUGUUGUUGAGAGUGAAGUGGUUGAGAGAAGGAGUGGCAAAACAGAGAAAAGAAUUUGUAAAGGAGACGAAGAAAUUUGCAAACAUCAGACAUCCAAAUGUUGUAGGAUUGAGAGGAUAUUAUUGGGGUCCUACACAGCACGAGAAGCUUAUACUUUCAGAUUACAUCUCACUAGGAAGUCUUGCAAGUUUUCUUUAUGAUCGACCAGGAAGAAAAGGUCCACCACUAACUUGGACCCAGAGGCUCAAAAUAGCAGUUGAUGUAGCACGUGGCCUGAACUAUCUCCAUUUUGAUCGCGCUGUUCCUCACGGGAAUCUCAAAGCUACAAAUGUGUUGUUAGAUACAACUGAUAUGAAUGCACGUGUUGCCGAUUACUGCCUUCACCGACUCAUGACUCAAGCUGGUACCAUUGAACAGAUUCUCGAUGCUGGGGUCUUGGGUUAUUGCGCACCAGAGUUAGCUGCUUCCAAGAAGCCAAUGCCCUCCUUCAAGUCAGAUGUUUAUGCUUUUGGAGUGAUACUUUUGGAACUUCUAACUGGAAGGUGUGCUGGUGAUGUUAUAUCUAGUGAGGAGGGAGGUGUUGAUCUGACAGACUGGGUAAGGUUGCGUGUAGCAGAAGGCCGAGGCUCAGAAUGUUUUGAGGCUACCUUGAUGCCGGAAAUGAGCAAUCCAGUUGUAGAAAAGGGAAUGAAGGAGGUCCUGGGAAUAGCAAUGCGGUGCAUUCGGUCCAUUUCUGAAAGGCCUGGUAUCAAGACUAUUUAUGAAGAUCUCUCUUCUAUAUAGUCUGCUCAUGCUAACUGUUUGAACUUUGACAUAUUGUGGGAAUUAAUGUCUCAUUAGUGUCCCAUAGUUGUUCAGAGCCUGGCCUUUUAACAUGUUUGUAUUAACCAUUUUUUUAGCUGUAAAAAUGGGGCUGUGCCAAAAGCAUAUACAUGGAUGAUGGAUGUUACUUGAUGGGUUAUAACCAUCUAAUUUUGUCUCGAAAUGGUAUGUGUUAUGAAUAGUCAUUUGUUUGCCAGUACUAUAGUUGAAGGCUGUCCAAGUUGGUCAUGUAAUGGUUAACACUUAGCAGUUAUAUUGUUUUGUUGGUUUAAUUGAUCUUAGAGUUGAAUUGCCAAAGAUGUUAGAGACGUAGUUCUCAGCAAACUCGGCUGGUUUUCACUUUCAGGAAGGUGAGUGGCACCAAUGAGUACCAGUGGCAUGAUUCUGUACAGUGCAGCUGUUACUAUUGUCAUAUAAUCAACCAUGGUUGAGGAAGACAUGAUUUAUUAAAUUCAAUCUUUGCUUGUGUUGAUUAA